GAGAAGGCUGGCAGUGGGUGCCUUGGCUCCCCGCAAGGCUUGCACCUGCCUGACUUCUUGGACUCAACCCAGUCUCCCUAGGCAGAUGCCCAGGCCCAGCGAAGGGCAGGGCUCACCAAAUCCUUCAGCGGGACCUGGAGCAAAGCUAGUGUCUUUCUUUCAGUGAAGACACAUAAAGCACGAGCUGUGUGCUAGGAGCACCCUGGGGAACUUGACCAUGAGUAGGAGGAGCACCCCUCCUCCCAGAGUUCAGACCACCUGCCUAGAGAAAAACAGGCCAAGCGGUGCUCACUGGAUAGGGUAGGCUCCAAGAUGUGGAGGGACCAGAGGAGGGGAAGGGAACCUUUGAGCUGGGCUUCAGUGGGUGAAUAGGAGUUUGCUGUUAGAGAGAUGAAGGGAAGGACGUCGCAGGCAGAGGAGUUUCCUAUAUUUUUCCUGCAGGAAACUGCCGGCACACAGCCCCAAGACCACCUUUGAUCACCUUCAGACAAGCUAUGCAUGCCAGAGGUCCCCCUGGCCUACUGACCCCGGCGCUGCCUCUCGCCUCCUCUGUCCUGAUGCUGCUCAUGAGCGGCCUGUGGCUGCUGGGAGCUGGCCCCAGCCUUGUCCUGGCCCCAGAGCUGCUGCUGGACCCUUGGCAGGCGCACCGGCUGCUGACACAUGCCUUGGGCCACAAGGCCCUCCCAGGGCUGCUGCUGAGCCUGCUGCUCCUGCCCACGCUGGGCUGGCGGCAGGAGUGCCACCUGGGCACACUGCGGUUCCUGCAUGCCUCCACCCUCCUUGCCCUGGCCUCCGGGCUGAUGGCUGUGCUGCUGGCAGGCCUCGGGGUGUCCAGUGCAGCCGGGGGCUGUGGAUACAUGCCUGUCCACCUGGCCAUGCUGGCGGGGCAGGGUUACAACCCUAGACGGCCCCGUGGGGCACUGCCACCAUGGCUCCUGCCGUGGCUGCUGCUCGCCCUGACACCACUGCUCAGCUCCGAGCCGCCCUUCCUGCAGCUCUUCUGUGGCCUCCUGGCUGGCCUGGCCUACGCGGCUGGGGCCUUCCGGUGGCUGGAGAUCUCUGAGCAGCGGCUGCAGGCACUGCAGGAGGGUGUCCUGUGCAGGGCCCUGGCGGGGUGCUGGCCGCUCCAGCUCCUUCCCACCCCAGGUGGCCUGGCUGAGCUGCCUGUCACCCAUGCUGCCGGAGUGAGGCCGCCCACCCCUGGACCGCCUUACAUGGCCUCCCCUAGCCUCUGGCCCCUCAGAGAAGGCUCAGCCCCGCUCCCGCCAGGCCUGGGGCCUAUGCAGCCGCUCUGGGAGGGCUCCUCAGAGGUGGGACUGGCCUGGUCUGGGCCCAGCUUCCCCCCAGGGACCCCGCUGUGGGCAGCCCUAGACGAGCAGAUGCUGCAGAAGGGGAUCCAGGCCUCACUCCUUGAGGGGCCAGUCCAGGGUCCCGAAAGCCCACUCCGGCUGUCUAAGUCCUCCGUCUCCUCCCUGCGGCUGCAGCAACUGGAGCGCAUGGGCUUCCCCACGGAGCAGGCGGUGGUGGCCCUGGCAGCCACAAGCCGUGUGGAGGGUGCCGUGUCACUGCUGGUCGGCGGGGAUGUGGGCACCGAGGCGCUGGUGACUCAGGGGAGGGGUGGGCCCACCCACCCUGAGGGUCCUGGGCCCCCCUAGCACAGGCAGGCUCUCAGGUGAGAAGCCUGGCCUGUGGGUGGGAAGUCAGAGCCCAGCCCUGUCUGCUGAGAGUCAGGGUGGGUUCAGAGGAGGCCCCCCAGCAUCCUGCCCUGGUACUGUUUAGAAUAAAAACCAGUUCACUUUUCAA